CGCCAAUAAAAUGAAAGAUGACGUAUUUAAACCUCCGUAAAACCCCCCCUUCUCUUCCUCUGUUACGGGGUUUUAUAGAAAUUCCCGUUUUAUAUGAUUGUUUACAGUGUGUUUAACGGAGGGUCAUGUUCAGUUGUUCUGUGUGUGACUAAAACAAGAAAAUAUUCAAAGAGUUGUUGUAACAAAGUCUCUCCUCUCUUAAUUUCUCCUUCGCUGCGGGAGAACCAAAACUUUCCCGAAAUGGCAAUCUCUCGCCUCCUUCAUCCCAAACCACGGGGACUGCAUUUCAACGCCAGAGGACUUAUCCGUUCAACGAACUGUUACUCUUUUUCUUCUUUUUCCAGUGGUGGGUCUCAGAAAUUUUCGUUUUUGAAAGGAUUGAAGGCGUCAAAGGGGGGCAAAGCAGGUGAUAAAGAACCCCAGAAACAAGGGAAGGUUCCCAACUUGCUCUCAAGAAAAAUGACGUCAUGGUUAUGGAAACAGAAGCCUUUGUGGAGCCAACUUCUUCAGAAGACACGGCUGGUGCAAUUAUUUCCAUUCCUGAUCCAAUUAGCGAUCCUGAGGCUCCGACUGCAUUACUGAAGAAUCCUACUACAGCAGCUGAAGGAAGCCCUUGCCUUUCAUCAUUCUAGCAUAUCCAACAUCUUCUUGGGUUCUACAACUUCUGUUGUAUAUGUGGAGUUAGAUGUGAACCUUAUCUCUCUUAAUUGUUGGCGUCUAAGAAUUUUAUUGUCCCUUCAGGUUCUAUUAUGUAACUUUGGUUUCGUCUUUUAUGUACUAAUUUACGAAGUCUCACUUCUCAGACAGAA